AUGGCAGCAGCAGCAAUGAGAGCUGGAAUUUACGGUGACGUCCACGCUAUUGAGCGAAGAUCACAGGAGCGAGCAUCGAGAGUCGCUGCUGCUUGUGUCAUCUACGGAUCUGGGACGAUGGAGGUUUCCACUGUGCCUUGCACGCUCUGCAGAAAGCGGCGGGUCAAAUGCGAUAAACGACUACCCGGCUGUGCGCGCUGUGAAAAGUCGUCCCGGUCGUGUCCUGGCUAUAAUCAUCUGCGAAAGUUUCUCGAUGAGAGCCAGAACCUCCGAAAGAAGUUUUCUUCAGCCAAUGCCAGCCCGCAAGGCGGCGGUCCUGGCGACCCCAUAAAGGUACAUGCGACAGCCCAGGCUUCAUCUUCGGUGUCGUCAUUCUCUGCCUCACUAGACUCGGCUCCAUUGCCCACGACAAUCCCAAGCAACACUGAGGCUACUCGCAACCAGCCUCAGCCUGAGUCACCAGUUCAACCUCUCAUCCAACCUGGAGCCCAAGCUGAGACUCAAGCCAAGGCUCCAGACAAUGUUUUGCAUGACAUUGGCCUGGGGAGGCCCAACCAUAACAGCUUAUCUGCUAACCACGAGAUCAUCGAUGCGCCCUUCAUCUUGACUGACAGCUUUUCGGAUGAAGACUUUGACGCUAGAUUUUUCGACAUUGACCCCAACGAAUACUUUGCUGAGGGCAAUAAUUGCUGUGGAUUUAUCCCUUCCGUCUCAUUGAUAAGUGAUGCCAGCGGGUUGCAAGGACCGUCUCUUUCUUGGCUUAGCGACGUCAACUUGGAAGGAUAUGCAACAUCCGGAUACGAUCCCGAGGCAGAUAAGUCGCAAACAUCAGAGAAGCUGGAGACAGAAGCCUCUUCGCCAAUGCCCGACUCAUCUAGUGAAGCCGACCAGGAGACGGCAUAUCUGAUAAGAUAUUUCGCCGAACGCAUUAGCCCGUGCCUGGACGUGUUUGAUAUUGAGCGAUUCUUUGGACACAUUGUUCCCAUCAAGGCUAUUCGAAGCCCACUUCUACAAAACGCCCUGGCCGCCAUUGCGGCGAAGCAAUUUGGAAAGACGAAGCGAGAGACAUACAUGGCGAGUCAUCAGACACCGGGCCGAUCGAUGCUGGAGCUGUACUCUAAUGCGGCCCACAUCGAUUGGUUCUACAAGGCGGCGAGUUUCUAUGACAAAGCUAUUGGCCAUAUGAUGAGGCUGCUGCAAACACUGCGUGACGGCAGUCCGGCUUCGUCACCCGGGUCCACAUCUUCUAUUGAUGCAGGUCUGGGGUUACACUCGGCAGUAUCUCCUUCGUUCAAGAGGCGGCGAGUGGAAAGUAGCCAGGGUUCUCACACUAUCGUGGAUGAUCUCCUCUCGGCAAUAUCUGUAUUUCUGCUCUAUGAGUCUCUUGAUAAUCGCUUUGCAGAAGUCUCUAGGCACAUGUCUGGUGCACAGUAUCUGCUCACGUUUAAUCUCAAACAGCUCUACGAAAGUACGGAAAUCAAUCGUCGCAACGGAACAUUCGGACUACAUGCUCGAAGAGCUUGGCAAGCAUCUUUUUGGAACAUUGUGUGUAUCGAUUGGGUUGCUUCUUACACUGAGCAGACCGCACCACGCCUCGACGUGGAAAAUGCUGAGCUGUGGAAAGCUGCAGGUCUACCAAUAUGUGUUGUUGACGGAAUCACUAUGCCAAACGCACUCUGCAAUAAUGGAGAUUCGGGCUUUCAGCUGCAGAUGACGGAGACAUUGGCCUGCAGAAGUCUCAUCUGGAUCAUUCUGAAAACACUGACACUCAUUGCUACUGAAAAAAGUAGCAAUAAGACAGCAAACAAUGGCUUACAAGAAAACGACGCACUGCCGGAUACAUUUGAGCCUUGCGCAAGAAUAGCACAGCGGUAUAACAAUAUUCCCACACCGUCAGACAACAUGGCAUCCAUGUCGGAGUUUCAAGGCGCGUUUCAAGAGUUGUUUUAUGCCAACGCCAUGUGUGCAACGGCUUCAGUUUUAUACCACUUUGUCCAACUUCUCUUCUUGCUUCACAAACCCCUAAAUCAAAAGCCUACGGAGUCACAUCUCGAGUUUGUUGCCAAGCGACUCAAUGCGUAUCGUCAGCUCUCGGCCCAAAUCGAAGGGCACGCCAAUGAGAUAUGCGCAAUAUCCUUGGGCCGGCCGGAUGACCCUGUUCGACAGCAUAUGGUACAGCCUUUAUAUCUGGCUGGACUGUGCUUCGAGGCUCACGAGCAGAGGACAGCACUAGCUCAGCUUCUCGCUACUAUACAGCGAGAAACCGGUUACUCAACAGCGGAGAGAGUUGCGAAGCUACAGCAGCAUUGGGGGUGGGAUACUACUCCUCCAGCACUUGAUGUGUUGUAA